GUAUUGCUUUCUAUGUCCAGUGAUCGAAAAUACGACUUGGUGGUCUACGGUGCCACUGGUUUUACAGGCGCGUAUACCGCCGAAUAUAUCGCAAAAUUACAUGAUAAGAAUUUGAAAUGGGCUCUCGCUGGCAGAAGUAUUCCCAAACUCGAAAAAGUGCGAGAGACCUUGGCCGGCAUUGACGAACAACUAAAGAACCUUGAUCUUCUCGUCGUGGACUCAUUCAAUCCGGAUUCCCUUGAUGAAGCAUUUAAACAAGCCAAGGUCAUCAUUUCGACUGUUGGUCCCUUCGAGAAGUAUGGUACGCCAGUAGUGGAGUCGUGCAUUCGUCAAGGAACACACUAUGUUGACAUUACUGGAGAAUUCACAUGGGCUAAAACCAUUAUCGAUAAGUACCACGACGCAGCAGUAGCGAACGGCACUAUCAUCGUGCCAUUUUGUGGGUUUGACUGUGUACCAAGCGACAUGGGCGCCUACAUGGUGGUCAAUUAUAUUCGCAACAAGUUCGGACUCGAUACGUCGGAUGUCAAGUUGUCGGUGAAAAGACUCCGUGGAGGAGCUUCUGGCGGAACUAUACAAACAUCCUUAAAUAUUAUUCGUCACGAAAAAGCCGGCGAAGCAAAGGACCCUUACUACCUCUCGCCGUUCGUUGGCAUCGACAAAUUUAGAAUACCCUGGAUGCGUUGGGAUGUUGACUUCAAAAGAUGGCAAGCAUACUACAUCAUGUCCAUGGUGAAUGAAUUGGUUGUCCGUCGUAGUUAUGGUAUCUACACGACCCGAGGCAGUACCUAUGGAAAGACUUUCAAGUAUAGAGAAUCAAUGUCGUUCCCUUUUCUUGGAGCUUUUGCCAUGACAUUUAUUGCAGUUGGCAUCCUCCCAUGGUUUGGUAUCUUACUUAAAUUCUCUCCCAUCUACAAACUUGUUAGCUCGCUUUUACCACAAGGAGGAACUGGCCCAAGUAGGGAAGCUAUUACCAAAGGAUCGUACGAAUUGGAGCUGAUUGGCACCGCUGAAACUGAACCCUAUGAAAACCCAAUUCGAGUUCGCGGCAUUGUGAGAGGACGAAUGGACCCCGGAUAUGGUGACACCUGCCGUAUGGUUGCAGAGUCGGCAUUGUCUAUUGUCUAUGGAUACGAUAAAUUGCCUGGUAAAGCUGGAGGUGUUUUAACUCCUGCCACUGCCUUUGGUGAUGUUCUGCUGGCUCGUUUGCGCGAUGAAGGAGGCAUGGAUUUCUUGAUUGAGAAAAUCGAUUAACUUCAGAACUCAAUAGGCAGAUUAUGCCCUAUCUCGACCCUGUAUUAAUCAACCUGUUGACAACAAGCCGUUCACGAUGUUAUAAAUUU